AUGGGUUGGGGUGGAAGAGCCUCCAAGCGAGGUAGUGGAGAUGGUGGAGGAAGAGAGAGAGACGCCACCACUUCUGGUUGCAUGUGUGCUGUUUUUCAGUUCUUCGACUUCCAUCACCUCCAGUUUCCUAAUUUACACCAGCAACAACACCCUCUACGCCCAGAAGAUCUCACUAUCCCCAAAGGUGUUGAAGCACCAAAGAACAGCUUGGAUUCAUCUGAGGGAGGGACUUCAUUUUCAUCUAUCACAAAAGAAGAAGAAAGUUUAAACAGUCCUAUUUUGAAAAUCCAACAAAUCAAAACAAGUGGAGGCACAGUUUCAGAUAGCAGCAGCUGCUCACCAGGAACAAAGACUCCAAGUCUUGUAGCAAGAUUAAUGGGACUUGACCUUCUUCCAGAAUCUCAGUCACCCUCUUCUACUUCGUCAUUAACCCCAAAUCCACAUUCCAUUUCAAAACCACAUUUGAAUCUACACCCUCUUCGGCCUCCUCGCCAAUCCCUCCAAAACACCAAAGAGGUCAAUGCAGCAGGUACUCGCUCGUUGCCGGAGACUCCUAGAAUAUCAUCAGCCAGAAGAUCGGACGUUGAUCACCACCACCGCCUUUCGCUUCAGAUCAACAAAGAGAACAUAGCCGUUGGCGAGGAGUUGGAGUUUUCGAGGCUGUCGUCGUUCAAAAGGAAGGAGCUACUCAAGAGUAUUAUUGCAGAACGUGAGAGUGGUAGGAGUCCAAGUCACUAUGCUAGGCAAAUCGUCAAACAGGUCAAGGAGACUGUGAGCAGGAAAGUUGGAUUGGUCGACGUUACAAACAUCACAAGAAAUGAUCAACACCUCCUCAAUCACCAACUCAAGUCGAAAAAACCAUCAACACCUUCUUCUUGUUCCCCAAGGCUCAGAUUGUCCGAGGCCAAGACUACCAAACCAAGCAGUACUAGUAUUACAGUAUCAACAACUUGCAAGGACCAAAUUCAAGUUGUGCAUCCAAAACCAAACAAUGUCAAGGUUCAAGCCAAGCCAAAGCCUCAAUCAUUGCAAGAACUGAAGCCGCCGCAGGCCACAACAAUUCAGAAGCGCCGAAAAAUGGUUGAAGGUGGGUUUAGUCCAGCGAAAUUGAAGAAGCAAGAAGAAGCGUUCGUUCGACCAUCAACGGCUCCCACAAGAGCUCAGCAGCAAUGCAAGAAAACACAACUGAUCUCGAACAAUCUUCUCAAUCUCCACAAUGUCCCUACUCUUCUUCCGAUCAAGAAAGACCCUUCACCGCCGGCGACCAAACUCCCACAAAAACAAUUCUACGAGCCAGCAGCUGCAGAGUCAGUACACAAUAGAUCAAGCAGCCUCCUCCUCGAGCCUUGUGCUCGCUGCUCGAGGCAAAACGACGACGUAGUACCUAAAGGUCUUGCCGCCGCCAGAACCACCGGUGGCGCUGGUGGUGUUGUGAGAAUAUCAGCAGAUGUGCGCCAGUACGUCACGAGAAUAUUAUGCCGUACUGGCAUAGAUAAAGACACACAAGUUUCAUUCAUCAACUGGUUCUCUCCGUCCCACCCACUUGACCCUUCCAUUUUCUACCACCUUGAAAACUCUGUUACUAGUUUUACCACAAGUCACAACCCUAGCCAGCUCGGCCUAAGGUGCAACCGGAAACUAGUGUUUCAUGUGGUGGACGAAAUUCUCGUCGAAAUCUUGAGACCCUAUCUCAACCUUAAACCAUGGGUUAACACAACAACAAGUGUUACAAAAUCUGGUUACAAGGGUUCAAAGUUAAUCGACAUCGUGUGCUACAAACUCCAGAGCUUUCCGGGCGCCGAUUGCCGUGUCCUGGAAGACAUCGACGCGUUGAUCGACGAGGACUUGCCGGAGUCGAAUGUGCAAAGUGUAAUGGCAUUGGCGUUUGAGGAAGAAGGAGAGGGGGUGGUGAGGGAGAUAGAGAAGGACAUAUUGGACACUCUAGUACAAGAAACGGCAAUGUGCCUAUGGUUUUGA